AUGCCACUUGAUAUUUCUGAGAACCAACGACGGUAUCUUGAAGACGAGGGCGCUUUUCUACAGUUGCCGAAGUCCACGACAGACAUUCUCUUGCCACUUUACAACAUGAUGUUAGAUGAACUCAUCCCAGUGGUAGACGGGGCUGUAAUAUUCCGGGAUUACAGCAAUGGACAAGCCUCAGUCUAUCUCCUAAAGGCGAUCUCCCUCGUUGCCUGCAAAUUCAAACAGGCUGCACCUUUCCUUCGAAUCCGGGAAGACUGCCAGGUCAUGGACCAGAUGGAUUUCGCUGCAGAGUUACUGAAGGGACUCGAUGCGGCUAUGAAGGCUGACCUUGAGACGGACCGAAUCACUAAAGUUCAAAUCCUGGCUUUAAUGCAUCUGCAUAAUGACGGUUUGAGUGGAUUGGAUCGCUCCUCGGCAUAUCUCUCUCAGGCUAUUUGCGAAGCUUGGUCAAUAUCACUCCAUGUGAAGGUUCCAGUCAAUCCUGAACAAGAGCGUUGCGACUUGUUAUGGUGGACGUUGCGAAACUUUGAUCGGCUAAAUAAACCAAUCAUGGGCGCAGCGCCGUUCAUGAUUGACGAUACAGACAUCGGGGUAGACCGCAUUGCUUCACGAAACGGUGACUACCGGUCUCGGCUUAUGGCGAUAUCUUUAUCUCUCGGGGACCUGAUGAAAACGGCAACUAGGGUCUAUAAAGCGAGUUCCACUGCUACAGAUGAUGAUUGCAGUGCAUUUCCGACGUUCUCGGAGCUUACGUCGGAUAUCUCCCUGAGCGGUUUCCAGAGGUCCCAUAGAUUAUAUUUGCAUAUUUGGUACCAUGUUACCGCGAUGCUUUCCUGCCGGUAUAGCGGACCGAAGAGCGUCCUGUACACGCGACGUCUAUCCUCCGCCGAUAGCAUACUUGGCAUCAUUGGUCGCGAAGGGCCCGAUGGUCUCCCGCCUCUUCCCCUUGUGCCUUAUGCCAUGUCAAUGUCUACUACGGUAAUUUACCGUGCUCUCAGGGACGGUGAAAGAGCACCUGAAGUAGCAUACAAAGAUCUCGGGGCAUGCUACGACAAUCUCAGUAUCCUCAGUCAACAAUGGAGCAGCGCAAAGGGCGUUGCCAGGCUAGUCAGGCGAUUUCAGCAGUUCACUAGGUCAGCCGCCCGUCCUGUUCAAUCAACCGAUGGCGCCCCAUGCACGUGCGAGUGCCAACAUCAAGACGCAAAACUUUCGAGAAAACCCGCUGAUAAUUCGAAAAUUCUCCAGGGUCCGACUCAAGAUCCAACCGGAACCUCCGUUCUUACUGUUUCGAACCUGGUUCAACCUUGUGAGGGCCUUCAACCGGAAGGCACAGCUGGCGGUCAUGGUCUCCGGAGUCACCAGGCGGAGACUUGGUCCAUUGAUGGGCUAUCUUACUCCCAUCUUGACAGGGCCUUUUACGAUUUUUUCGACUACGGUAUACCCAGCGUAUUUCGUGAUUUGGCUACUUGGGAUUUUCUCCAGACAGACGCAGAGGAUGACCAGGGGAUCUCACCAUUUUAG